AUGAUGGCAUUGCGCUCUCUCUUUAGAGUAAUUGCAUCACUUCUAUUCCUCUCAACCUUUCUCAAAUUUGCAGCAUCUGCGUCUUCCAAAUCCACACCCACCACCGGUUCCCUCAGAGACUACAAAAAGUUCAUAAAAGAUGAGUGCAAUUCAACCACUUAUCCAACACUUUGCUACAACUCUCUCUCCCCAUAUGCAUCAAACAUCAAAAGAAACCGCGUGACACUCACCAAACUCUCCAUUCAUGUGGCUCUAAAAGCAGCCAAGAGUGCAAACAGCACAUUGACAAAGCUGUCCAAGGGGAAGCUAACGUAUGGAGAAACGUCUGUCAUUGGUGACUGUCGAGAGAACAUGGAGGACACGUUGGAUCUGCUUCAGCAAUCUGCUGAUGGGUUGGCACAUUUGAAUGGUACCUCUACUGCUGAAGAGAAGUUUCAAUGGGAUAACAUAAAGACCUGGAUGAGUGCUUCCAUAACAGAUGAGUCUACAUGUACCGAUGAGUUUGAUGAAAUACAAGUGCGUCCUUCACUGCAGAAGAAGAUCAAAACCAGCAUCAAAGAAUCCUUAUCGUGA